AACUGAAAACUAAAAAUGAUGCCAAACAAACCCUAAGCAAAUGAAAUUAGGAGUGUUAAUAAGAUAGAUUAGGAAAAAAGUAAGGGCAUAUAUGUCAUUUUACAACCCAAAAGUUACCAAAUAAGGGAAAACAAAAAAUUUGUUGUAGGUAAUUUGAACCACCCAAAAUGAAAAUUGUUGCAAGUAAAAUGAACCGGAGGUAGUAUAUAAUAAUUAAAGAAAAAAGAAAAAUCAGACUUCAUCUCCGUUCUCUCUCAUCAUCGUACACACUCGAACUUACAAAGUACAAACCCUAAUUAGCAAAAACUCACCCUUUCAUUAAAUCUCCCAAAUUCCGAUUCCAAUUCCAAUUCGAAACUUCUUUUCCCCCAAAUCACUCUUCAAAACCCUACAUUUUCGUUUUUCAAUCGAAAUUUCGAAUCGAACUCAAAAAAAAAAGCAAUCGGAAUCCUAUUCAAAUUUGAGGUAAUAGAUCGAAUGAUGGGUAACACUAGCGAAAACACAGAAUCACAAAAAUUUCGAUUGUAUGGGAAGACGAAAAUGCCAGAGCUUCAACGUGGAAAUUCAGUCAAAACGACGACGAAUAAGAAGCAGAAGAAUAUCGUUGAUAAUAAUCAGAAGAAAUCGACUCAUUUGGUUGGUAACUACAUUCGAACUCGCGCAGCUGUUGCGAGAGAAGCAGAAGCAGUAGCAGUAGUUGGUGUUGUUGAAGAGGAGAGAGAAAAAGUUGUUAAGGAUCCUCCGAGAACUAGGUUAGCUGUGAAAAAGGGCAAAUUUAAGGAACAAACAACAAACAACAACAAAAGGGUAAUCAAUAAUACUAAGAAUAAUAGUGGAAAGAAGAAGAAGGUUGUUGAUAAGGUUGUACCAGUGGUUGUGAUAUCGGAGAAGGAAAGUGAGUUAAACGAGAGAGAAUCAGAAGUCAGAGAAGAAAUGUUGGGAGAUGAUAGUGGUGGUUUAAGUGCUAAUAAUAAGGGAACUGGACAUGAUGAUGAUGGAAAUAAAUCCCCUUUUCCUGAAAGGGUUCAAGUGGGUGCUUUUCCUAUUUAUAAAGUAGAAAGGAAGAAAGGUGGGUUUGGUCAGGUGUUUGUUGGCCGUCUUGUUAACGGUGGGAAUGAACGCGCCACCGGGUCUGGGGCUUUGGAGGUUUCAGGAAAAUAUCCAACACUUGCUCCUUGCAGCAAGAGGCCGAGUUGGUCUUGGUCUAUUCCCAGAGAAAUUAUGUUUCACAUCUUUUUAUUUCUUCGUGCUUCACUUCUUCAGGAGAUUGUGAGGUUCGUUUGCAAGGAGUGGAAUGCUAUAAUCUCUGACCCGCACUUUAUUAGAGCCCACCUUCUUCAGUCCAUGUCAUCUCCUGCUACUACUGGUUUCCUUAUUCAAGACAAUGACCUGGAUGAUGCUAAGCUAAAACAGGCCUAUUAUGUUCACCCAUAUGAUCGUGUUGUCAGUAUACUUAAGCUUCCAUUUGAGGCCUUCAUUUUGGCUUCUUGUAACGGACUACUCUUGCUUCAAAAUGCCUUCAUUCCAAAAGAAUUGUCUGUAGUGAAUCUUGUAACUAAAGCCAACAUCAGUCUCCCUCCCCUGUCCCUCACCCUGCCAAAGGUAUGCAUUUAUCGUAAACCUUCUGCUGUUCUAGCAUUUGCACCUUCUUCUGGUCGAUACAAAGUCUUUUGUCCUUGUUUCGUCCCCAAAUAUCCACGUUCACCAUAUCGUCAACGUGAAAAAAAUGAUGAUCAUCUUGCCAGAUUUGAAGUUAAGGUUAUGGUAUGGACAGUAGCUGUUGAUGAAACUUGGAGGGCUAUUGACAUUGACUGUCAAGGCAUUACUAUGAGUAACAAGGCAAAGCAGACACUACUGAGUCAUCCGUUUUCUAUUGCAGCGGGGUAUGUCUAUUGGUUUGAUAUAUGUCACUCUCUUGGUUUUGCCUUGGAUAUAGAUGCUGAAACCAUGUAUCAAUUCGAAGCGCCAGAAGAUAGCGUUAUCAACAGCAAGGUGAAGACUUACUGUAUACCAAUGGACACCGGUGGUGCAGGUAUAAUAUAUUGGCAAAACCCUAGUAAGUUUUGGAAAGUCUGGGAAAUGAUAGGACCAAAAACUGGCCCUUGGGGUAGAUGUAUGAAUUUCGAUGCAGCUGGUAUGUAUUUGGCGCUUCAGAGACAUUUCAAUCCCUCAAAGUUUGGAGUCGCUAUACCUCUUUAUAUGAGCUUGAAAACUGGGGAGUUUUGGUUUUUUGGCUUUGUGGAAACCAAGCAUAGCAUGUCCUUUGCGUUGGUUUGUUAUAAUUGGAAGACGGGAAGUGUUUGGUCACCUCCCCCUAGGUGGCGAAGAUAUUUUGACUUCCCACAUCUUCACGUAAACAGCUUGCUAUCACUGAAGAAUCUCUAGUUGUACGUGGAACGGCGAUCACUUUGAAGAAAUGAAGUGCAAGUGUUGUGUAGUUCGAUGGAUACAUGCAUGUGGAUAUGGAGACUCAACAAAUUUGACGUUGCUGUUUAAGUUAAAUAUUAUUCACCCCCUUCCCCCCCCCCCCCCCCCCCCCCCCCUCCCCCCAAAAAAAAAUUAAAAAAUUGUUGUUCAGGUCGCUUGGACCUAAUGUUUACAAUUUGAUGUAGACUUGAUUGACAUCAUCAUGUAAGUUAUUUGUACUUCUCUUCCCCCAUUUGUUGUUACUGAUCACUUUGUACUCAACAAUUUAAUGUAUGUGGGAAUUGGAGAUUAGAUUGAUGUCUUAAUGUAUUUUACUGCUUUUCUCAUUUCAAGAAGGCCAAAAUGGAGGCAUUAGUAACUAGUAAGUAGAGCGACACAGAACAAUUCCACACAGGUGUGCUGGUGUAUAGUAUGCACAUGAUUUAAUUUCUUGGCCGGUGCUGGCUAGAAUGAGUUCUUAUAUGUCUUCUGCCGCCCUCUAUCAGUCCUGGACGAUCCAAUGUGUUCCAAGGAAUGAAUCAGUAGGUGGUUCCAUUGUCCAGUUGCUGUGAAACUCACUUGGAUGAAACACUCUCUUCUUCACUGUCCACAGACUUUACACCUGAUUCAGAUCAUCGCUGCUAAGUAUAAGUUCUCCUUCAGAUCAGAUAGUAUGCUCCCAGUAGCUUAUUCUUUAUCAGCAGCCUGCUGCUUGCAACAGAUGGGCAAAACACUAAAUUGAGUCUUUCAUUCGGAAUGAAAUUGAAGUGGAUUAUCUGGAGGUAUUAGGGAAUAUAACAAGCUUUGCUGAUUGAGCUACAAGCGGGUUCGCUGAAGGGAAUACUUUCUGUCUUUUUAUUGGACUUUGGUCAGAAAGGCAACUGGUGAACCAACUGCUCCAGAUUAAAAGAUGUGCGGAGAUGGCUCUUAGAUUGCGAUAUUUCAAGAAACAAGUUUUGACUCCACCAAGUCUUUCUCUUGGAAUAUUGAAAUCAAAGUGGAUUAUCUGGAGCAUUUGUGUUUGAAGGGAAUAUUACAAGCUUUGCUAAUUGAGCUACUAGCGGGUUUGAUUUUGUUCUUAGUUGAAACUUGCGCGAGCUAGAAGCUGUUCAUUGUGAUUUCUGAGAUGAAUUUAAGCAAUGAUAAGUUAUAGUGCACUUAUAAGGAGCUUUCUAAGUAUAAACUACAGGAGGCUGGAGAUUUCUUACAUUCAGCUCAAAGUAGCGCGGCUUCUAGCAAAAUGAAGAGUCGUUGGACACACCUUUAUUUUUGGAACAAGGUUGGAGAAUUCUUCUAUCCAGCUCAAAGAAGUGCGCCUUUUUAGUAUGGAGAACUGGAACAACAAAAUGCAGAGAAUACUUAAUUUGGUCAUAUGCGUUGUACUUUUCAUGUCUUCUAUCCUUUUUUAUACCUUUUCAUAAAUUUCAAUUAAUAUGUGUUUAGGACAAGUCGAUUGAUCCAUCAAAGUCUGUGUAGCUGGGGGUUCUUUGCAGGCUUGGUACCCAUAGAGAAAUCUAUGGCAUUUGAAAGGAUCUUGCUUCAUGCAACUAGGGAUAAUGUUUUUAUAAGGCAGACUAGAGUAGAGAAUCCUGUGAUGGAUUGUUUUAGACUAACAUUUGUUUUAUUCAUGUUCUAUUGUUGA